ACCAAGGGAGGGCGGAAAAAUAGGUUCACGGAACACAUUGACCAAGUCGGCCGGCGCGGGCAUUUUUUAAUACUACAAGAGCCACCCAAUAGUAUUAUUGUCGUCAGAUAUAUUUCAUAUUUUAUACGUAAGAUUUUUAUUAAUAAUACCCUGAAGUAUAUAUUUUUUAUCAGGACUCAACGGAGCCGUAAUUUAAGAGUGUCUCACAAUGCCCAGUAGCACAUCUUUGUUGGAAGCCGAGGAAGCUGAGUCGGAGCUCCCGCCACUGGUAGUAGAAACAUUUGCCGGGAUAGGCCUGGAUGACCACGGCACCCAGUGCCACACCGAACCACAAGAGCCCCUUCUGCAUACACGUCCGGCGUCCCACUUCAGUCUACUCGGCACCGUGCUGGACCUCCAGCCCCUACCACUUCGUAAACUGCCGGCGGAGGAGGAUGACUUGGAAGAAGCCGAUGAAGCGGUAGUGGAAGAGGCUGAUUCCAACACGCUGCUAGCCCAGGCCCCGGUCCCCGGUCUAGGCUCUGUGAUGCUACCCGGAAUGGAGGCCGCGGAGACGGUCAUACUGUAUGGCGGAGGUCUUGACGACCCUACCCAGCAGCAGGUUGCUGGUAUGAUGAUUUUACCACCGGUGUACGGAGAGCCAGGAUUCGAGGUUGAGCACCCGGCGCUCGUGCGGAGGAAGAGCGUAAACACUACGGAGUGUGUCGCGGUGCCCAGCUCGGAACACGUAGCCGAAAUAGUCGGUAGACAGGGGUGCAAGAUCAAAGCGCUGCGGGCGAAGACCAACACGUACAUCAAGACGCCGGUGCGCGGGGAGCAGCCGGUGUUCGUGGUGACGGGGCGGAAGGAGGACGUGGCGAUGGCCAAGAGGGAGAUCCUCUCGGCGGCCGAGCAUUUCUCCCUCAUCCGGGCCUCGCGAAACAAGGCGGGGCCGCUGGCGGGGGCCGGCCCGGGCCUCCCCGGCACCCCCACGCUGGCGGGGCAGACCACCAUCCAGGUGCGCGUGCCGUACCGCGUGGUGGGCCUGGUGGUGGGGCCCAAGGGCGCCACCAUCAAGCGCAUCCAGCAGCAGACGCACACCUACAUCGUGACGCCGAGCCGCGACAAGGAGCCGGUGUUCGAGGUGACGGGCAUGCCGGAGAACGUGGACCGCGCGCGGGAGGAGAUCGAGGCGCACAUCGCCCUGCGCACCGGCGGCUGCGUGGAGGCCGCGCCCGACGGCGACGACUUCCACUACAACGGCACCGACGUCAGCUUCGAGGCGGGCGGGCCCGGGCCGUGGCCCGGCGCCGGGGGGGCGGCGACGGCGGCGCCCGCCAACGGCUGCGCGCGGAUGACGUCCAGCUACCGCAACGACAGCUCCAGCUCGCUGGGCAGCGGCUCCAGCGACUCGUACUACGGCGGGGGCCGCGCGGCCGACUACGCUCCCGCCAGCCCCUUCAACGGCAACAGCAACAACAACAACAAUGGCGGCGGCGGCGGCGGCAGCAGCGGGUUCUGGUUCGGGGAGACGCUGCUGCCCGUGGGGUCGGACGACAUGCCGCCGCUGGAGCCCACGGGGCUGGAGAGCCUGGGCGUGACGGCCGCGCUGCCCGGCCCUCACCAGCAGCAGGCGCUGUGGAGCCCCUUCGAGCAGGGCGCUCCCCUCUUCGAGGGCCGAGGCCACGCCCCGCGCCACGACAGCCAGCCCGGCACCCCCCCGCGCCUCUCGCCCACCUUCCCGGAGGGGGCGGAGCAUCCGGCGGCCCGGCGCGUCCACAGCGAGCCGCUGAGCGCGCAGCCCCCCCGCUUCCCGCCGUGCGGCCCCGCCUUCUCGUCCUCCGGCGACAGCACGGCCUCCGGCUCGCCCCCCGACUCGGCCGGCUCGGCGGGGGGGUACCGCGCGCGGCAGGACUGCAUCCGCUGCCUGGAGAGCGACAUCAUCGCCGCCCUGGUGCCCUGCGGCCACAACCUCUUCUGCAUGGAGUGCGCCACCCGCAUCUGCCAGAAGCCCGAGCCCCUGUGCCCGGUGUGCCAGGCGCCCGUCACCCAGGCCAUCCGUCUGCGCAACAUAUGAACUGCUGGGGGGGGGUGGGGGGGUUGGGCAGGGAGGGGUGUGUGUGCCUGUAUUGGUUCUCUAGGGGACAAUGAUAAGGAUUUGACUGGGGUGUUACUGAAUUUGGGAUGUCGGUAACUUUUUUUUUUUUUAGUUUGACAUAAUACUCUUACCCUUUUUUUAGAAUUAUUUUUUUAUUAAUGUAUCAUGUUUGCUACGACUGUUAAAGAUUAGGUGUAAAGGAAGUUACGGAUUGAGGCUAAAAGUUGUUGGUCACAACGUUAUGUUUUUCCCCGUUCAUCUCGCUGCUACGUUAGUUACCAGACGGUUCACCGGGCCUGUUGUCCCCGCGGCGCUGACGGUGGUACCGGGAGUCUCCUCUCUGGACCGGCCCGAGCGUGACUCCAGUACUGCCGUGCCUGCCGCUACGGGCUCUCUUUCAAAACGUUUCGGUUUUAAUCCGUUUACGAUUACUCGUGCCUGAAUGCCCUCUCCAUCCCACAGAUUUAGCCUCGCGUGCUAACGGGAUCCCAAACGGUCGCAGGAAAGCCCAGAGCCUUCCAGAAGCCACGCUUUCUUUCCCCCUUCCCCAAAAACACUAUCGUCCCUCCCCCCCCCUCCUCCGUUGGGUCCUAAAGGGGAUGUUGAACGAACGGGAUCUGGUUCUUCAGAGCCGUAGCCUGUCUCUGCGGGGGAGGGGUGAAGUCCCUGAGCUUCCCCACACACUACAGCUCAGCUUUGGGUGCUGGGGGCCCCAACAUUCCAGCCGUAUCUGUUGGAUUUAAUUUUAUUUUUUUUACGGUCGUUUCCUUUUAAUGGCUGAGAACAGAGGUGCAGGAGAGCGCAAGGGGUACCCCCCCCCCCUCCCAGGGCGCACGACUACCCCACCCCGAAUCGGUCAUUUAAACCCCCC